AUGGAGCCCACGGGAAGAAGACUUCUGUCGAGAGUUGUAGAUUAUGCCGCUCAGCGUGAGCCAGAGAGACUGUUUGCAGUCAUUCUACGGGACCUGAACGUAUCCGAUGGCUUCCAGAAUCCGACGAUGAAGGAAUUGGCUCAUGUCGUCACUCCUCUUUGCUGGUGGAUUGAAAAGGCCAUUGGACCGGCAAUCUCCCAGGAGAGGCUGGCUUAUAUCGGGAUAAACGAUGUCCGAUACUACGUGUUCGUCCUCGCGUGUCAGAAAUUGGGCUAUAAGGCAUUUUACCUUCUACAAGAAACUCUGAUGAUGCUCAUGUUCACCUGCUUAAAGCAGCUUACUUCACCAAAGAUCUUCUUUAGCGAAGAGCGGCGCACUCGAGUCCUCGAAAUCCAAGAACUGUGCCCGAAUUGCAACGACGAGUUCUCGCGACUACCCUGGCCCAAGUCUCGACAACCAGCCGCGUUCUACAACUAUGUGCAGCGGCAAGCUAUACUCCGGGAUUAUGAUGCCGAUCUGGCUUUUGACCUGAAUGUGCCAUUCCCUGAAACUACAGAUCGCUCGAGCAUCGUGAAUUAUGUUCAUCAAACAGUUUCUCGGAAAUCUGGUAAAUCUUGUUUCCUCAAUGAUCAGAAUAUUCACAAUGCUGGACUCGAUUCUCUCACGACGAUUCAAAUUGCCAAAAUCUUGCAGCGAGGACUUCAACAGCAUCGGCUAGAGACGAAGGAGGGGACGAUCACCCCCCAAGUCGUCCACGCAAACCCAAACGUCUACCGUCUCAACCGCUCGGAUGCCGAAACUCGCCAGAAUAAUUCUUUCAGCAAGAAGGGUCUUGUUUUACUGGGCAAACCUCAGUUCGAUCUGGAACGGGCGAAAUACGAGGAGAUGGCCGGCCUGGCAGAUACUGUAAUCUACAACGCCUGGAAGGUUAGUUUUUACCAAUCGGUGGAAUCUUUCGAGACACACAUCAAUGGAGUGCGCAAUUUUAUCGAUUUCAGUCUGCAAAGCCGGCACAAUGCGCAUAUCCACUUUAUAUCCUCCGUGAGCACGGUGGAGGCAUGGACGAGACAGAUAGGAUUGCUUGUGCCGAAGGAACCAAUCGAAGAUUCCGAUGUUGUCUUGCAACAGGGUUACGGCGAGUCUGAGUAUAUUAGAGAGCGUAUCUGCUUAGAGGCCUUUUGUCUUUGUUAUCUCAGGUGA